AUGGAUCUCGUUCAUAUUGAAGGGGGCGGAAAUUCUCUUCUGGAAGUGGUGCCCAUGGUUCGAGAUAAUGUAAACAAUGGGUAUGUUCGUACCAUUGAGAGAGCUCAACGUAGUGGAAACAAUGCAGAAGAUAAUAUGAUUGCAUCAAAACAACUAUACAAUGACAAAGAAGAGCAUCAAUUCAAAUAUGACUCUUGUUGGAUGAUUUUGAAAGACACUUCCAAAUGGUAUAAUUAUACCAUUGAGCAGAAGGGAAAGCCGAAAAAAACUUCCCAAAAAAAAAGGGUUGAAAUUGAUUUGGAUGAUGAUGAAAUUGAAGAUUCAUCAAAUACCCAACCUCCAUCAUCUGAUCAAUCAGCCCCAGCUACGACUCCAACUUCAACCGGCCAUGAAAUUGAUGAUGGGGUAUCUAAUGAUGGCGCACAUGGACUACCACGUCAUCAUGGUCGCAAAACUGCAAAAAAUGCUAGAAGAAAGAAAAAUCUCGAUUCCAUCGAUUUAUUUGUAGAGGAGUUUUCUAAUAUGAGAAAAGAACAAUCAAGUCGCUUUGAAGAGGAGGGCAUUAGGAGAAAUGCAAUCGAACAACAGAAAUUACAAGCUAAAAUAGAAACAAAGAGAAUGGAAAUUGCAGCUAAACAAGAACAUCAACAAAAACAACGCGAGCAAGAAAUAAUGUUGAUGGAUCCUCAAUCGGCACCUACAGAGGAAGGUAAAGCUUGGAUUAUUGAACAACAAAUAGAGAUCUUAAGCCGUAUUAGAAAAAAUAAAAACUAAUUUUAUAAAGUCUUUUCCUUUAAUCUAUUUAUGUCUAGAGUUGGAGGAAUGUUCUAACAAGCUUGUUCAAUUUAGUGCAAUCUAUUAUGUAUUUUUGUUAAUUUUAUUUCAUUUAUGUUU